AUGACACCCAUUACAGUGUCUGGGGAGCUACUUGUACUGCUGCACAAGCCAGACCCGACUCACCCUCUUAUUUUGCGCUGUGGAGUAUUCGCGACGUAUUUGCUUAGCUGUGGCUCUUCUAAACUCUGGCAUUGGGGAUUGUUGCCAUCAGACUGCAAAGAUUCACCUUUUGUUCGACAAGGUGUUCCAGUGAGAUUCCCUCUUCUCGAUGAAAAUAUUGCUCUGAUCGAUGUAAGCGUGGGACUCGAACAUGUUGUAGUUUUAUCUGAAAGUGGCUGCGUAUUCACGUGGGGGUAUGGUAGUUCAGGGCAGCUAGGUCUCGGCCCUGCGGUUACCUCCAACGUCGGCAGUGAACACCCCACUCAAGUUGACUUCUUUCGCAAUGAAGCUGAUUUUUGUAUCACUGCUAUAUCCUGCGGCUGGAAUCACACUGUCGCCGUGUCUCGGAGCAGCGAGGUGUAUGCGUGGGGAAGC